AUGGCGACAGUCAUGUCUAAAGCUCUAGCCAAAGCUUCGUCGCUCAAGCCUGAGAUCCGCCUCGCUCAGGCCGUCUCCGAGUUCGAAGCCAGUCUGACCCAGGAGCAAAAAACUACGUUUCGCACGCUGAAAUCGCAGUCGGUUUCGACGGCACCUACUCCGACCGAUGUGAUGCGGCUGACGGCCGAAGUUGAUCGUCGCGUGUCCAAGAAAUUCAGUGGUCAAUGUUUCGGCCCACGAUUCACAAACUUCCUGCAAGGGGUCCAGCAGUUUGCUGCUCUUGGCGAUGUUGUGGUUGGAGGUUCGCAGAACCUGAUAGCAUGUGGUGUAUGGUCAUUGGUGCGAAUGUCAUUGUUGUCGAUUGUGAGCGUGUCCAACUACGUAGACAAGCUGUCAUCGAUCUUCAUGGACAUCGGACGAUCGACCCCACGCCACCAAGCGACAAGCGUGUUGUAUCCUCAGUCAACGAAGUUACAAUCGUAUCUCUCUGAAUACUUCAUUGUCGUCGUCGGGCUUUGCCGUUGUCUGUUCAAGUUCGGGCAGAAAUCAGUUCUCCAACAAUUCGCAUCCUCUCUGAAUGACGGAGACUUGAGAGCAUUUCAGACUGAUCUUAACAAGUGGGCGUCUUCAAUUGGAAAGGAGGUGCAAGUAAAUGAAGCCCAAGAAAGUUCUGGUUUUAGAGCUUUAUCCCGGUCAAUGUUCAAAUCUGCAUCGCAUCAGCAGAAACUUGCUACGAAGUACCGAGUGCUUGACUUCUGCUCUACAUACGACCACGAGAUAGUGUGGAAGCAAACGAGGAAGACCGGAAACACCUCGCGUUUUACAACCUUUGCAGGAUACGAAGAGUGGAGAGAAUCUUCGCAUCCCUGCGCACUGGUAUUCACAGGCAAGCUGGGAUCGGGUAAAUCCGUGCUCCUAGCGAAUAUUGUGGAUGACCUCAACCUCUCUACCCAGGAAGAACGACCGUUGGUAACGUACUUCUUUUGCAGACACGAUGUCCCAGAAAGUUUGCAAGCACGCGUUAUCCUCGGUUCAUUAGCACGGCAACUGCUACGGACUGUCGUUGAUCUUGACAUACUCUCGGAAAGCUGCGGAGAUACCUACACUACCGGUGACACCGAUAAGAUACUAGAACUUGUCCUCCAAGGCUACCCUCCUAUUCAUAAAACUUACUUUGUAGUAGAUGGGCUAGACGAGUGUGACAACGAUGAGAGAAAGGUGGUAGUGCAAGAAAUCGGGAGGAUCCAAAAGAAACUUAACGUCUGGAUCUGUGCUUCGUUUCGCGUGGAGCCGAAUAACGAUCUGCAGUCGGUCACCCAUCAUCUUUUGUCCACUCAAGUGAUCCCAUUGCCAGAGAGGAAUCCAGACAUUGACGCCUUCAUUGAAGCCGACCUACGCCGUUGUCUGGAACAGGAACUUCUGACAGUUGGAGAUGCUACUUUGAUCAUCGAUAUACAGGACGCGCUCGUAGCCGGUUCGCAGGGAAUGUUUCUCUGGGCGGCGCUUCAGAUACAGUCGUUGUGCAGCAUGAAGACCGAUCACGCUAUCCUGGAAGCCUUAGCAGACUUACCCAAAGACCUUUCAGAGACGUUUGCGCGCAUUUUGCACAAGUCAGGAAGUUUAGACCCAUCCCUUCAAGCCAAAACUCUGCAGGUCGUACUAGCAGCUCAGCGCUCCCUCACGACAGCGGAGUUGAAAGAAGCUCUGAGUGUUGUCCCUGGAAACGCAAAUUGGGAUCCUUCUAAAACGCUGAACCAUGUUCGAUCGGCGUUGGCCUGCUGCGGAUGCCUUCUGAUCGUUGACGAGGAAGAAUUGACUGUGCGACUAGUGCAUCACAGUGUCAAACAACACAUUCUUCGUGGCUCCUCAAUCAAUGAAGCGAGAAGGACAUUGGCAAAUAUUGUCGUUACCUACCUUGGGUACAAUGUUUUCGAGACCCAGUUGUCGAACGUUAAUGCCUGUUCAAUCACUGCAGGAUCAGCAUCAUCUAGGAUCCUGCAAAAUACUAUAAGCUCGAGCACAACUCGUAGUCUUGCUAUGAAGCUCCUUAGAUCUAGGAAGGAAACUUCUUUCGAUCUAAACAAGGUUAUUGCAGAAAUGCGUGGCUCUUCUAUCUCGAAUCAGCAGAACAGAUUCGAUUUCUACGAAUAUGCCAAGGCUUACUGGCUGGAGCAUAUCCUGCAUGUCUCCGAACGAGAUAAGUUCAUCCACCAACUUUCGACCAAGUUGAUCCAAAAUCGAGCGUCUGAGCUGCAUGUCCUGGACCGGAACCCCAGAAAGUAUUACCGCUUGGCUGCUAUGAGCGGCAAUGGAUCGCUACUUGAGUACAUGCUUCAUUUUAGAAACAUGGAUGCUGGCGCCAUCGACGGAAGCAUUCCACUGAUUUGGGCAGUAGAUUGUGGAGAUAGAGACCUUGUCACGCUAGUCCUCAACAUGACUAAUGUCGAUGUGAAUGCUGUGGAUAGGUCGGGCUUAUCGACAACUGCACUGACCCUAGCGGUGAUUAGGAAAAAUAAGGAUAUUCUAGAGUUGCUACUUCGUGAUGCUAGGGUUGACGUCAACUGUAAAGACGGGUUUGGGGGUACAGCGAUAACAAUAGCAGCAAGCUCCAGCACGAAGGACAUCGUUGAACUGAUACUUGGCACUGGCAAGGUUGACGUCAACGCCCGAAAUGACAGAGGGAAGUCAGCCAUCAUAAUUGCGGUAGAAGGACAAUGGCAAGACACUGUUGAGCUACUACUUGGCACUGGCGAGGUUGACGCCAACGCUCAAGAAUCAGCGAUCAUGAUUGCGGCAAAAUACGGACAUCGAGGGAUUGUUCAGCUGCUGCUUCGCACUGGCAAGGUCAACGUCAACGCGAAACAUGAUGAAGAUGUGUCAGCGAUCAUAGUUGCGGCAAAAUACGGACAUCGAGGGAUUGUUCAGAUGUUGCUCAAACGUGAAGACAUUCUCGUUAACGCGCAAAGCAGAGAUGGACAAUCAGCAUUGAUGGAGGCGGCAUUGAAAGGAGACACAGAUCUCGUGACGCUGUUACUUGGCGUCGGCAAAGCUGACCCUAACUUACAGAAUUCCUCAGGUGAAACAGCUUUGAUAGUGGCAGCCAGUUUUGGACAUAAGAGUGCUGUCGAGCUGCUACUCGCCAGCGGUUCCGAUCCUAACUUGGAGACUACAAGUGGACGAACAGCAUUGAUAGAAGCGGCAGAGCAGGGAAUAGUGAAGGUGGUCGAGCUACUCGUCAACAAGAAUGUUGACCUUAAUGCAAGGGAUAAGCAUGGACAAACGGCAUUGAUUCUAGCGGCAAUGUAUGGACGCGUAGGUGUGGUCGAGCUUCUGGUCAGCAACAGCAAUGUUGAAAUCAAUUUGCAAAAUGAGAUGGGAGAAACGGCAUUGAUGUAUGCGGCAAAGGAUGGACGUACAGAGGUGGUCAAGCUGCUUGUCAAAAACAAGGAUGUCGACCUUAACGCGAAGGACUCGAAAGGAAUGACAGCGCGCAUGCUAAUAGAAUCGGAAUUGAAAUCGAAGGAACUCGACCCUGAGGCGGAGGACUUGACAGGCCAGUCAGAGAGCUGGCUGGCGGAACAACGGAGGAAGUACAAAGAAAUAGUGGAGCUGCUGGACCGUGGCCCGUCUCCCUCUACGACUUCAAUAGAUAAUUUUGAUCGUCCUACAUGA